CAAACUAUCAAGAAAAUAAAAAAAAAUUAAAAGAAAAAAAGAAAAGAAGAUAAAAAUGGAGAAAAAAAAUAUGGCAGAUAAAAGAGUUGGGGUCUUCUGCUUUUUUCUUCCGAAAAAUGGCAAACCAUACUCUCUUCCACUAGGUUUCUUCUUUACUCCAUUAUUGACCUCUGGUGCUUGCUCUCUCACUUCUUCCACGUUAAGAGCAAUGCUGUUGUUUGAUUUUGAUCUUCAACCCCUUUCUUUUAUGGUGUUCAAAGAAAUAAUGAAACAGCAGAACUGAAUUUAAGGUUGUAAUGAUGGAAAGUUUGGAUGGGUCUGAGUUAGCUGUUAUGAGAAAGAAAAGAAGUAAUGCAUCUCGAAGACCUCGGGUUGAUUCACAUUCGCUUCUAGAAAACUUAAAUCUUUGGCCAUUGUCAACAGAGCUUUAUAGCAAUGGAGACAAUGAUAAAAAUCAAGAUAACGGGGAUGGAGUGGUUGUCUCUGAUGGAUUGGGAAGAGGGAACAAGCUGAAGAAGUUGAAACUCAAAGUGGGUGGUGUUACUCAUACAAUCCACACCAAGUCCACUGCUAACUUUUCCUAUGGUGGUAGCACCAAUACCAGAAACUCUUCUAGCUCUGUGAUUGCCUUUACAACUCAAGAGAAGCGGCUUCCUCAGGAUGACAUAAAUGGAAAUCAUUCCUAUUCUUCAGAUAAAAAGAGAGGUUUUGGAGUUAGAUGGAAGGAUAUGUCAAAAAAUGAUUCUAGUUCUCAAAAGGAGAAUUCUUCAAGGGGAAUUCCUGCUCACCAUGAGCCUAUUCGUAAGAGCAAUCGGUUUCCUAAGAGGCGAGCCUUGGAUGCUGGAUUGAAUGAGGAUGAUGAUGAAGAUGAAGAAAUUCGUUACCUUGAGAAGCUUAGGGCCUCUAAGAACUCUGGUGGCAAUGAAGAUGGGAAGGAUUACAGAGGCCACAAAGAACACAUGAUUUUGAAGCUUCCAAAGAGUCGUUUGGUUAUAGAUGGGUUGUAUAAUGAUGCUGUUGGAGAUUAUGGAUCGCCAAGGCUGGGAAAAGAUAGUAGAAAGAAGUCAAGACCGGAGAAAGAAUUCGAGGAUAUAGACUACAUGGAAGAAGAAGUGAUAUCUGAUGAGGAACCUGGAUCUACUGGGAAGAAGGUCAAAAAGGAGUCUCCUAGUCCUUAUGUAGAAGAGUGGAAGGAAUCAACCCCGACUACACGAGCUAGGGCCAUGCAGCAAGGCCAAGAGAAUUUAAAUGGGUUGUCUGCCAGUUCUUUUGAUGUUUCAAAUUAUUUACUUCCUUCCAAAUCUAAAAGAAAAAAGGAGAAACCAUCUGAACUGGAACAACAAUUGAAGAAGGCUGAGGCUGCACAGAGACGCAGAAUGCAGUCAGAGAAAGCGGCUCGGGAGGCUGAGGCUGAGGCAAUCAAAAAAAUACUUGGCCAAGAUUCUGGAAGAAGGAAAAGGGAAGAGAAAAUGAAGAAACAUAGAGAUGAGUGGUUACAGGGAAAAGCUGCCAAUGCCCUCACACUUUCAUCAAAUACUGUUAGGUGGGUCAAUAAUCCCACUGGAUCCAUCGUUACAUUCUCUGAUGAUAUUGGUUUGCCAAACAUAUUUAAUCCAGUUCACUGCAGUUAUCCUCCUCCACGGGAAAGAUGUGUGGGGCCAAAUUGUUCAAAUGCUUACAAGUACCGUGAUUCAAAAUCAAAUCUCCCUCUCUGCAGUCUUCAAUGUUACAAGGCACUGCAUAAAAAGUUGCAGCCUCUUGUUACCUGCUGAAGGUCAUUUGGUUCUACUGGUUCCCACAUUAACUCAGCUAAACAUUUUUUUGGUACAAUGCUCAUCUCACCCCCUAAAAAUUUGUACAUCCUCACAUAACCCUAACAUAAUCAGUAAGAUUGUGUUUGUAUUGUACUACCUUCUUUUACUGAUUUUUUUGAGAACUAAUGACUGAAAAUAUUUUAGAUGUUAAAUUGCAAAAUUGGGUUUUAACUCUGUAA